UAUGCGAACAACUCUCGAUGGCAACAGGGUCUGAAGAAACCUACGCAUCUCGAGAGGGAAGAACCUACUUAGCCACAGCUCAAGGUAUUUCGCCAAAAGAUGAUGUUGAAACUAGGGGAUCAACGCCGCCGGAGCAGGAACUACCAAAACUCCAAACUAAUCGAUGCAAGCGAAUCAAGCUGAAUGUAGGCGGCAAGGUAUUUACCACAACUAUUGAGACUCUGAAUAAAGACCCGAGCUCAAUGUUAGCCAGCAUGUUUAGCGGUAGAUUCGAGAUGAAUCCUGACGAGGACGGCUGCUACUUCAUCGAUCGCGACUCAAAACACUUUAGACGUAUUCUCAACUAUCUGCGUACAGGACAGGUAGUUCUACCCGAAAAACAAUCCUCCAUGGCAGAGUUACUGUUGGAAGCCGAGUUCUACGAUAUCAGACCUCUAUGUGAAGCAUUGAUAUCAACAACAAUACUAUCAUUUGGUGGUUCAAAUUUGCUUAGCGAACAAAAUAAGAUUUGUCUUGGUGAGUGGCUGGGGAAAGGUCAGCAAGAAUGGAAAUUGAUAUACACAGCGUCUCGGGAUGGUUUUCAAGCAAGUGAUUUCCAUCGUUGUUGUGAUGGUAAGGGUGAGACGGUUUCCCUUCUCAAGUCGUCAGAGGGGUUUCUUUUCGGAGGUUAUACGGAUGUACCUUGGCAUAACCCAUCACUCGGAAGUUGGAAUUACAGUACAAAAUCUUUCCUGUUUUCUUUCAAAAGCUUCUUGACCGGUGGGGUUCCGGUCAAAUUGACUCUGAAUGAUGGAAACAAUUCGAGAGCAGUAUAUCAUUGUAAUACAAAUGGGCUUGUGUUUGGUUACGGUCCGUGUAUUAUGUUUCCGGCUGAUAACUCUAGCAAAGCUUGCAAGACAACUUGGAAUGGCGGUCAUACAUACCAGUUUCCUCCUGGUAUAACGGACAAUCAGUGGUUGGUUGGAAAGUAUCAUUUCUGGGUGAGCGAUGUCGAAGUUUUCUCACUUCAUAGUUGUUAGCAAGAAGACAGCUCAUCAAGCGUACGAAUUUGACUUGGAGCCGCAUGCUGGUUCUGGAGUUGUCUUCUGUGCUUGGAAGAUGUUUAGAUACAAUUUCUCAUUUUUCAGAAGUUGGUAAUAUGGAUUCUUAGAAUCAUUAUCUAAUAUAAUAAUUGUACACUUCUGGUACAUAUGACUCUGAUUGUUGGUUAUAUAUUCAAUGAUUUAUACAGAUGGACGAAAAUAUUGCAUCAGACUAUAGCA